UUAAAUUGUUGCCUGACGCUUGACCAUCCUGACCGACCGGUUUCGCUUCACUUCACUCAAAGAUUAAAAUCAAAGUUUAUUGGUCGGUACACAUAUUUGCAGACAUUAUCGUAGGUGCAGAGUAAUGCUUGUGUUUCUAGCUCCAAAAGUGAAGUAAUACAGAUAUAAUCCAAAAAGAAAUACAUUCAUUAAUCGGUAUAGCGAAAAAAUAUAAACUCGCGAGACUUUAAGAUGGCCUAGGAUACAAGGCUAACUCAGCUGUAUAGGCUACCACGUCUAGCCCUAAAUUUGUGUUGCCUGGAUUUAAUUUUAUAAUGGUCUAAAAGUUUCUAGAACUAAUGAUCAUCUUGCAACAAAUUAAAGUCAUAGGCUACACCACCAUGCAAUAGUUAGGCCUAUAUGACUUUAGUGCGAUAUGUAUUGGUAAGGAGAGGUAAUGUAGAGUCGUUACUGUUAUCAACGCUGCAAAGCAGACAUGUAUACUAUAAAGUUUAUGGGAACGGUGAAUUUUUUUUUUUUUUUAAAAGUAGACUAUGCAAUUAACCUACAUUGAAGUUGCCAGGAAAUUGAGUAGCCUAUGCUAUUGCCCAACUGAUCGCAAAAACAGUUUCAAAGGUGCAGCUAUCGUGACGUCACUCUCAUCCGCGGCAGAGUGAGAGAGCGGCGACGAUCGGCUGCGGAGGAUACCGACCCCGCAGCCGGGACGGGACAACCGCCAGGCGAGAUGGCCCCUAUCCCUUUCUUCCUCGCAUCCCGCAUCGCAACGACCCAUUGGCACGCAUGAAGCCCCCGUUGAUGAAGCCAAAACCGGCCAAAGCAAGGCAGAAAAAGGCCACUGAGAGAGAGAAUGUACUGGCGCGUCGGGUUCGCCUGGACGCGCUCGUUUGUGGUUGAUCUUGGACGGAACCAGAGCUUCUCCUUCGGCUUGUGCGGCUCCAAUGAGCAGCUCUCGUUGUAUGGGUACAUCAUCGCCUACCCUCUGCAGGACUACGGCGGGAUCAUGCCGCUCCUUGGGUCGGACUCUUGGUGGCGGAAAACGCUCUAUCUGACCGGGGGCGCUCUGCUUGCUGCCGCUGCCUAUCUACUGCACGAGCUGCUCGCCAUCAGGAAAGAACAGGAGCUGAACUCUAAAGAUACCAUCAUCCUUCACCAGUUCUCCAGGCCAAAGAGUGGUGUCCCUUCCCUCUCCCCCUUCUGCCUCAAGAUGGAGACCUACCUGCGCAUGGUGGACCUGCCCUACCAGAACUACUUUGAUGGGAAGCUGUCUCCCCAGGGGAAGAUGCCAUGGAUAGAGUACAACCAGGAGCAGGUGUCUGGUACAGAGUUUAUCAUCGACUUCCUGGAGGAGAAGCUAGGCGUGAGCCUCAACAAGAACCUCAGUCCCCCGGAGAAGGCUGUGUCCCAGGCUGUCACCAAGAUGGUGGAGGAACACUUCUACUGGACCAUAGCGUACUGUCAGUGGGUGGACAACCUGGAGGAGACCCAGAAGAUGCUGGCAGUGAGUGGGCCACUGAGUGACCUACUCAAGUGGAUCCUGAGUCGCCUGACUGGCGGCAUCGUGAAGAGGGAGAUGUACGGCCACGGGAUUGGACGAUUCACCAAGGAGGAGGUCUACGCUCUAAUGGAGAAGGACAUGCGGACGCUGGCCACCCUACUCGGUGAUAAGAAGUACCUGAUGGGUCCUAAGCUGUCUAUGGUGGAUGCCACUGUGUUCAGCCAUCUAGCCCCUGCCAUGUGGACCCUGCCGGGCACAAGGCCAGAGCAACUCAUCAAAGGCGAGCUGAUCAACCUGGCCAUUUACUGUGAGAGGAUCCGCCGGCGCUUCUGGCCCGAGUGGUUCGUUGAUCUGGAGGAUUUCUGUUACGGUGACACCACAGAGGACGACGACUCCCCGUCCAAACUCCAGGACCUGGGGCUCUACUCCCGUACAGACACCUUCCAGGACGAGGCCAGCCCUCCUCACACGCACACACACACAAUCUCACCAGACAGUGACCUCACAGGCCACUCGCUCUACGACUCGGACAUGGACACAGAGUGCUCUGAGAUGGAGCAGCUCAAGUGUUGACUGCCGUAUGACACACACACGACACACACACCGCCUGGAGGGGUCUCGUGCCUCCCCCCAACACAGCGCCCUGUACCUGUUGAGCAGGGAAUAACUACUGGGGGGAAUUUCUGUUGCCAGAGGCUGUUGUUUGUGUUAAUGACUGAUGGAUUCAGAGAUUCUACACACACAAUGGGCUGGAGGAAAUGAAAGACUGAAUAUAGAGAUGAAGGAAUAGAGAUAGACGAGUAGAGAAAAAAACGGAGUAAAAUAGGAAUAGAGAGAAAAACAGCCAAAGAGGGAUAGAAAGAGGUAAAGAUAAACCGAUGGAGAAAAGAGUUGAGAAAAAGAAAGAUCAGGAGUUAAUGACGCCAUCGCUGAGAAACUCCUCUACCUGGGUGACGUCAACGCCUGUUGCCCAGUUUCGCAUUGUCGAGUUGUUACCACGGCAACAACGUGGUGUGUGUUACCUGUGUCCCCCAAUUUGAGAUGCAUUGUGUGUUUGACGUACCAUGUGUGUUUGACGUACUGACCCCGUGACUUGCAUCCUUGCAAAAUAUGAAUCAUUCUAUUGAUAUUAUAUUGAUAUGUCAGACACUGAUAAGAUGCAGAUGAGUGCAGUUCCAUAUAAAUAUGUAAUCAGAUCCCAAAUCUGAUUUAAUAUGAGUCUACAUACAGUGAGGGAAAAAAGUAUUUGAUCCCCUGCUGAUUUUGUACGUUUGCCCACUGACAAAGAAAUGAUCA